AUUAAAAUAUAACUCUUCUUCCCUCUGUAUCUAUUUCUUCAUUGCUUGGUAAUGCACUUUCCGAAAAAUAUUCUAUGUUUUGUUUUUAGAUUGCAGAAAACUAUUCUGUGUAGAAAACUUCAAAAGGUAAUCUAGAAGAAAAGGAAAUUAUAGGGUCACUACGCAUGGAAGAUUUAGAAAGAGUAAAAGAACUAAAAGCUUUUGAUGAAACAAAACUUGGUGUUAAAGGACUUGUCGAUGCAGGGAUUACAAAGAUCCCUCGUAUUUUCUAUCAACCCCGUGAUAGCACCAAGAAGGCAUCAGAGUUAGGGCAUACAACAAUCGUUCCUGUGAUAGAUCUCGCUAACAUUGAAAAAGAUCCAUUCGCACGAAAAAGGGUUGUUGAAAGUAUUAGAGAUGCAUCAGAGACAUUUGGGUUUUUUCAGAUUGUAAAUCAUGGCAUUCCAGUGAGUACUUUGGAGGAAAUGAAAGAUGGGGUGAAAAGUUUUUUUGAGCAAGAUAGUGAGGUCAAGAAGGAAUUUUAUACACGUGAACAUAAACCUUUUAUGCAUUAUAGUAAUAUUGCUCUAUAUACCGCACCAGCUGCUACUUGGAAAGAUUCUUUCCUUUGCAACAUGGCUCCUAUUCCCCCUAAACCAGAAGACCUGCCAGUUGUAUGCAGGGACAUACUACUUGAAUACUUGAGCCAAGUAAAGAAAGUGGGAACUUUACUGUUUGAGUUACUAUCAGAAGCUCUUGGUCUGAAUUCAACCUAUUUAACAGACAUUGGUUGUGCUGAGGGCUUUUAUGCUUUUGGCCAUUACUAUCCACCCUGUCCUGAACCGGAAUUAACUUUAGGAACCUCAAAACAUGUUGACGUGGUUUUCCUUACACUGCUUCUACAAGAUCAUGUAGGUGGCCUUCAAUAUCUUCACAGGGACAUGUGGAUUGAUGUACCUCCUAUGCCUGAGGCUCUAAUCGUUAAUAUUGGCGAUUUUCUGCAGCUUAUCACAAAUGAUAAAUUCAAGAGUGUUCAUCAUAGAGUACCAGCAAAUCUUGUAGGUCCAAGAGUCUCUAUUGCAAGCUUUUUUGGCACACUGCAUCAUCCAACUACAAGGACAUUUGGUCCCAUCAAGGAACUAUUAUCUGAUGAAAACUCUGCAAAAUAUAAAGAAACUUCAUUUCCUAAAUUUAUGGACAGCUACAUAACAAAAUGCAAUAAGGGUACUUCUCCUCGGCUGCAUUUCAAGAAUUGACCAGCACAAUGGCUAUUUCUUGACAAAAUAAGGAAUAUAAUGUGUUUUGAAAAUAAUUAUUUGACAGUUUUUCGGUAGAAUAAGGAUUCGGAUGGAAUUACAUAACCAGGUUCGAAUAUUGUCAUGCUUUAGUUACAUCAGUAUUAUUGUUAAGUAUCUUAUUGCAUUUAUUAUACCAUACUUGAGUUUUAUGUUCGAUAAA